AUGAACCAACCAGAGGAUGUUGAGGUCAUCUUGACCUACGAUCGGCGUUACGUUUUCCACUCCAGCGUACUCGCUCGCUGCUCCACCUUCCUCGCGUCGCUGCUCACAGAGCGUACUGCCGCAACGCUGAGCAGCAAGGCACGAAAUGCGGGCAUCAAGUUGCGGUGGAUGCUCGAGCUUACUCAAGCCCCCGAUGAGGAUCACCCUGCUGGGCAGCUCGAACUAGUGGUAGUUACCCACGUCUCCGGGCUUGUCAUCAACGAAAACGGCCGCAUUCCUACCUCGCUCUUCGAUAACUACGAGAAAGUCUUCUUCGCCUUUUAUAACCGCGAGAUCCUCAUCUCCGACGACGACAUGCCCAGCGCUCUGCGGCAGGCUAUUGAACUGAUCGACAUCGCCGAAUACCUAGGCAGCAUCCCCGUCAUCAGCAAGCCAAUCGACGUCGCCCUCAUAAAGCAUGGUCAAGACCUCUGGCGCUCCAUCCAAAAGAUGCCUUGGGGCUGGGUCCACCUUGCCAUGCGCAUCAAGUCCGACCUCAUCUUCAUCGAAUCCGUGAUCCACCUCGCCGGCAAUUGGCGCAAGAUCUCCGCCGACCGCAACGCCAUGGAAAACCUCAGCGAGAACUGUCCUGAAUCGGUCCGCUUGCUCUGCCAACGUCUCCAUAGACAGCUCAUCUCCCACGGGAAGCGCCUUGAAGUCGCCCUGGUUACGCUCUACCCCGGUGGCAUGAAUAGGCCCUCGGAGCAGGUGCCCAUCAAGCGCGAACACUACUCCCGUGAAAUCCUCGUCUGGAUGGCGCUAUGCUUCUUCCGCCACUGGCUUGGGCAACGCCUCGUCCUGGGCCACGGCUCUCUCGCGCCAGACUCCGGAUAUGAGUUAUAUUCAAUGCUUGGCGCAAGCGGGGAAGCUUACAUGGACAAGGAGGUAAUGCAUCAGUUCCACAUUGAGUUUCCCAUGACGCAGAAGGCGAUGAAUGUGCUCGAGAACCAUUUGCUGGAGAUCAAGGACGUGGUGAGGAAGACGGUGGUGGCGCACGGUAUCUUGGAGAGUAAGUGCAUGUUGGACACGAGAAGGUAUCCGGUCGACUAUUUGACGUCUGUGGAAGUGAGGAAAGAAGAUAUCCCGUGGUACGAGAAGAGGGUGCAGGAGGAGACGAUUGCGGGCCUGAGAAAGGAGAUGCGUCCUCGAAGGAAGGAAGUCGGUAAGCGGAACCAAACUGCUGCAAGCAUGCAGGAGCGCAUAUACGAGCCUGAUUCCGAGGAAGAUGAGGAUGGCUUCGACGAGGGCUUCCUGAUAGAGGAAGAGAGGGCCAAACGGGCUCGCCUGGAGUGA